CUCCGACAGCUAAUACUUCAACUACAUCAAAUAUCGACGCUUGUGACGUCACAGGGUGUUGUUUGUGUCGCAAUACUAAAAACUAACAUUGAACUCACCAACAACUACUUUCAACUCCAAGUUCCACACCUCAGUUACUACUGGCGCAAUGGUCACAACGCAAACGGUGCUCACAUUCCGCAAGGCCACAACUGCCGACGCGAGAGAUACACAAGUACUCAUCAAAUCCGCCUUUCGCGGAGACUCCAGUCGCGCAGGUUGGACCACAGAAGCCGACCUCGUAGACGAUGACCGCAUUGACGAGGCCGGGGUCAUUGCAAAGAUCAACCAGGCCAACGGCCUUGUUCUCCUCGCACACGACAAUUCCAGCGCCCUGGUAGGGUGCUGUGAGAUCCAAGGCAGAGACGGCGGGUUCGGAUAUUUUGGCCUCUUAGCUGUAGACCCAUUACGACAAGCUGGUGGGCUUGGGAAGAAGAUCCUUGUAGAGGCAGAGGUGAUGGCUAGGGAUCAAUUGGGUGUUCGAAUGAUGGAAAUGCGAGUUAUUUGGCCGAGACAGGAAAUGAUUGAUUGGUAUAUUCGGAGGGGGUACACUAAGACGGAUCGGACGGAGCCGUUCCCGUACGCGCACCUUGUUAAUGGCAAGGCUUUAAGUGAUGAUUUGUAUUUUGUAAUUAUGGAGAAGGAACUAUUGGAACCGAGAAUGGCAAGCAUUUAGCGAGGAGCGGGUUGGGGAAGAGGGGGAUGAGUGAUAGACAAAGACGAUACGAACGACUAUUUCAUUGAUAUAUUUCAUACCUUACAGUAUUGGCAAUAAGCGCUUUACUCCAGGUUCUGCCUAAGAAGGGAUUGUACUCUCUUUUUUUCGUCCAGGGGGAGAGGGAGGGCUGGAAACGCAUAAUGCGCUCCCGAUUAUUAGGCUUCACAGCCAGACUGUGGCUGAAGGUUUCUC